UCUCAACCUUAAUUCUUUAUCUUGACGCCAACCUCACUCCCUUUCCUUCUCUUAUACCACAAGAAUCGGCAGGUUUAGGGAUCUCUUGAUCCAAUGCGACCGGGAUCGUGAUCGGAUCGCAUUGCGAUCGACAAUGAGCGCGCAGAGGGCGAUGCACCCCCUCUGCUGCAUCGUUCUCGAUCGACCCGGCGUCGCCGGCGACCAGUCCCCCGACCUGCCGACCAAUGCCCCGGGGGGCGGCAGUGGGCCGCCGCGGACCAAUGGCGAUGACGUCGGCGUCGCCGGGUUCCUCUACAAGUGGACCAAUUAUGGACGGGGGUGGCGGUCCCGGUGGUUCUCCCUCCGCCACGGCGUGCUCUCCUACUCCAAGAUCCGCCCCCGGGACGGCCUCUCCCCGCCGGAGAAUGGCGGCACCCGGGUCAUCGGCGACGCCUCCGAGCGGAUCUCUUCCCGGGCGGGUGGCCUCAGGGAAGCGCCCGCCAAACCCGUCGAUGUCGUUUACCUCAAGGUGUCAUCAUUUCGGGAAAGCAGGUCUGAUGAUAGAAGGUUCUAUAUAUUUUCUCGCACAAAGACACUUCAUCUGAGGACUGAUUCAAAGAAAGAUCGUGUAGCAUGGAUCGAGGCUUUGGUCUUGGCAAGUAGUGUAUAUUCCUUAAGAACAUUGAGUGAACGUAUUUCCUUUAUCCCAAAUGAUAUAACCUUCUCAACUGAAAGACUGAGAGACCGCAUGCUUGUUGAGGGACUUAGGGAGGAUGUAAUAAAGGACUGUGAACAGAUUAUGUUAUCAGAAUUUUCAGAAUACCAUAGACGACUAAAGAUUCACUACGAAAAAUGUUUAAACUUUCUUGGGACAGUUCAGCAACAGUUAGAGGAAGUCAAUAUUAAAAAUGAAGCAGCAAGUUGUGAAGGCCACUUGCAGCUGAUGAAAACUGAAUAUUCUUGUUCUGGACAUGGAAAGUACAGUGAAUAUAGCACAACAGAAUCAUCUGAUGAUGUUGAGAAGCAAGAGACUGAUGAUAUUUCAGAUGAAGAGGAGUCUUAUUUCUUCGAUACAAAAGAGAGUUUUAAUGAUGUUUCCGAUUCCUGUGCUUUUAAUAUAAGGGUGGCAAAUCAUGAAACUACAACUUCCAAAAGAGAGAGCAAGACUGGUGAUGUGGAGAUAAUGUAUACCGAAGAAGAACUUCAUUGUCAACAUAUGUUCCCCCAUAUUGAAAGGCGAAAGAAUCUGCCAGCACCACUUGAGAAGGAGAAAAGUAUUAGCCUUUGGUCUUUGAUUAAAGACAAUGUCGGAAAGGAUUUGACACGUGUUUGUCUACCGGUCUACUUCAAUGAACCAUUGUCAUCCCUUCAGAAGUGCUUUGAGGAGCUUGAGUACUCGUAUCUCUUGGAUCAAGCAUAUGAAUUUGGCAAAAGGGGGAACAGUCUCAUGAGAAUUCUGAAAGUAGCUGCCUUUGCAGUCUCCGGUUAUGCUUCUUCCAUUGGUCGAAGUUGCAAACCAUUCAAUCCUUUGUUAGGGGAGACAUACGAAGCCGACUUUCCCGAAAAGGGAAUCCGCUUCAUCUCAGAAAAGGUUAGCCACCACCCAAUGCUCAUUGCCUGCCACUGUGAAGGCAAAGGUUGGAAGUUUUGGGGUGACAGCAAUCUCACCUCUAAAUUUUGGGGCCAAUCCAUCCAGCUUGAUCCCGUUGGUGUUUUGACCCUGGAAUUUGAUGAUGGUGAGAUAUUCCAAUGGAGUAAGGUAACUACUACUAUAUACAACCUCAUCUUUGGCAGACUUUACUGUGAACACCAUGGAACUAUGAACAUAAGAGGCAACAGGCAAUUUUCAUGUCAACUCAAGUUCAAGGAAAAGUCUCUUUUUGAUCGUAAUCCUCGGCAAGUUCAAGGCUACGUUGAGGAUGUCACGGGGGCAAAAGUUGCCUCCUUACUGGGAAAAUGGGACGAUCUCAUGUACCGCAACAAAGGAGAUGAUGUUCCUAACAAGACUUGUAAUAUAACACAAAACAUGUGUUUAUUAUGGGAAAGGAGUAAGCCUCCUGCUAAUCCAACUCGAUACAACUUAACAUCAUUUGCCAUUACACUAAAUGAGCUAACUUCCGAGCUGCAGGAGAAACUUCCACCUACAGAUUCAAGACUUCGUCCAGACCAGAGGCAUCUGGAAAAUGGGGAAUACGAAAAGGCAAAUGCAGAAAAGUUGCGAUUGGAGAAAAGGCAGCGAAUGUCAAGGAAAUUGCAAGAGAAUGGUUGGAAGCCGCGAUGGUUCCAACAAGAGGGUGAAGAUGGCACGUAUCACUACGUUGGUGGAUAUUGGGAAGCAAGAGAGCAGAAGAAGUGGGAUGGAUGUCCAGAUAUAUUUGGUGAAUUUUAGAUGAUGCUGGUUUCUCUCCCGACGCUGAACAUUGUUUCAGGUGGGUACUGCUUAACAUCGGACAUCCCUGCUGCCGGAGGUUAUCCUUGAGCAGGUUGUAGAUUGGCAGCAUUCUGGCAGUCUGAUGUAGCACUUAUGUGGCAUUUUGCAGUACGAAGGGAAGCCUCUCUAAAGUUGUCUUCGAAUCAGAGUAGUUUUCCUUCAUAGGUUUAUACUUCUUUUCCAUCCAUUUGUUACAGUAGUAAUUUGUUUAUGUAGCCAAUACCGAUUCAGUCCCCUAUGGGAAGUUUAGUCAACAAAUGAGUGUCAAAAUAGGUAAUCUUUUCAAUAGAUGAAGCAAAAAUCGGUAAUUUUUGCCGCGAGAGCAUUACGAGCGAUAUUUAAGCUAUGUAAUAUGAUGACAAUAAGAUGGUCAUCCUGAUUCAUCUUUUGUCCAAAUGUUGUGUUGUUUGAUAUCUUCUAUGUUCAAUACAAUAAAUGUAAGCUUGACAUCAGAAUCAGAAGUGGAAGACAUUAUAAUAAAUGUAAGCUUAACAUCAAAUGAGAUUUGAAAAUUAUUUUA